UGGGUCUCCCCGGAACUGGCUCCGCGCGGUCCUGCAGUCCGUACGUUAAGGGAUAGCUUUCCGACAAAGCACAACAGAUUUUGCGUGGGAACGUAGAAGGGCCGCAGGGAAGGAACCUCGAGGCAGCAAAGACUGUCGGCCUCGCUUGCCUCUCCCAGGCGCCAUCCCUACCAAAUCCCAGAAGUUCCUCAGGCAUACUGUGUACCUGGUCUAGCGCCAGGCCGGGGAGGGACCCCCUUCAAAGUGCGGUUUGCGCGGGGCCUGCGGAGGGAGUAGAGGAGACUCGAAAGGCUUCCUGGAGGCGGUGAUUUUGAGCCGAGUCCUAAAGAAUAGAUUCAUUUAUUCACUGAACGAAUAUAGGCGCCUACUGUAUGCCGGACCUUAGAGGCCUUGCGGCCUGGUGCUGCCGAUUUGUGCCACAAUUGCUAUAGUGCUCCCCUCACCUAAGGGUGGGCCCGCUCACAGAGAGCUGUCAACCACACCGAAGCUCGGGAACCAAAGUGUUGACAAAGACUACUGUGGCCUCCACUUGCCGACCCCUGUUAGUGUCAGGACAGGGUCGGGUUGUCUCGUCAAGACCAGCCUCUGCACACUGUAGGUGCUGGGCCCGCGACAGCUCGGCUCGAGGCCCCCGAUGGAGCGCGGGCGGGAGCGUUGCGGACUACAUCUCCCAGCAUGCCUCCCGGGGCCUCGGAGCGAGGCGAGGCACGGUGAGUCAGAGCCGCACAGUAAAUAUUUGUAUUAGCCGGAGCCGGCUCGCUAAUGGUGGACGCGUGAGCGGAGAAGCGCGCGGCGGCGGGAGGCCGGAGCGGGCAUCGCAGCGGCGGUGGCGCCAUGUCCGUGAACAUGGAUGAGCUUAAGCACCAGGUCAUGAUCAACCAGUUCGUUCUGACGGCCGGCUGCGCGGCCGACCAGGCGAAGCAGCUGUUGCAGGCGGCCCACUGGCAGUUCGAGACGGCCCUCAGCGCCUUUUUCCAGGAGACCAACAUCCCCUACAGUCACCAUCACCACCAGAUGAUGUGCACUCCCGCCAACACCCCUGCAACGCCCCCAAACUUCCCUGAUGCCCUCACCAUGUUCUCCCGUCUCAAGGCCUCUGAGAGCUUCCACGGUGGCGGCAGCGGCAGCCCAAUGGCCUCCUCGGCCACGUCACCCCCGCCGCACUUGCCCCACGCCGCCACCAGCAGCUUUGCAGCACCCAGCUGGCCAAUGGUGGCUUCACCCCCAGGGGGGCCACAGCACCACCAGCCUCAGCAGCCGCCCCUGUGGACUCCGGCACCCCCUUCCCCAGUGUCAGACUGGCCACCCCUGGCCCCCCAACAGGCCACCUCAGAACCAAGGGCUCACCCUGCCAUGGAGGCUGAAAGAUAAGGGAGGCCCCUCCCCCCUCCCGGAGGCCUGGACCCCGUGGGGCGGGGGAGAAGACAUCUCCACAGGCCCCCUUUUACCCUCCUCUGUCUGCACCCCCUUUCCCUGGAGCCCUGGAGGGGAGAGACUGGACCCCUGUGCCAGCACACAGGCUGCCCACGAGUGCACGAAGUGCAGGCUUACGGCACCCAGCUUGCAUGGAUUUGGUUCAGAGUCAUCUGGGUGCUCGUGGACAGAACUUCAGAGACCAAGCAGCCUUCCCCAGAGGACUCACCCCAUCUCAGGAGUCCGCGGAGAUUUGCCUGGCUCCUGCUUGGAGCUCCUUGGGGCCAGCAGACCUAGAUCCCCACCCUCGUGAAUGCAGAGCCUUCUCCGCAUGUGUGCGUGUGGCUGUGUCUGUAUUUAUACGUAUGUCACUAUUCAAGAAGCAACCUAGUUUAUGGGGCAGCUGGACUUUGCAUGUUAGAGUGAGCCCCUGAGCCCCUUGCCCGUCGUCCCCCUCCCCAGGGUCCUUUCCUCUCCCCACCCCCUCAGCAGCCAGCUUUGCUGUUCCUUGCAGAGAAAAGGAUUGUGGGAAACUCCAGGACUCUUCCCACCCAUCCCCCAGCGCGUGCCUGCUGGGACUGCCUGCAUGCCUCCCCCAGGGGUACCCCAUACCCAUUUCCUUUCCCCCUUUUAACAAAGGAGAAGAAAGAGUUCCAAACCACCACCAGGCUCUGUGGUCUUGCCUUGUAUCCUCAGCUUUGCUGCCAGCUGGCCCUGUGUGUGUGGAGGGUGGGGGUAGGGCACAGACUGAGCCCAGAACAGAGGGCUACCCUCCAGUCCUGCCUGGCCUCACACUACUCCUGUGUGUUGCUGUCGUUUCAACCACAACAUGCUCUGGAAUCUUCCUGCCUACCGAAGGUUUUUCCCAUGAAGUUAGUUUCUGGCCUGUGUUCCCAGAAUCCCAGCCUCUGUCUGCCCACCCAUCCCCCUUCCUGGCUAGAGGGAUCCUGGCUUCCAGGGCUGACAACUGCCUUCCGGUCUGUCUGAGUUUCACAUAAGGACCUUUCUUCCUGUCUCAGGGCCCCAGUAGUUGGCUUCUGGCUGGACCCUCAAGACCAACCUCUAGCAAAUGUGCUGGGUGGGGCAGGGCCCUCCCCUGGGGAGGCACAAGCCACAGUGCUUAUAGCCUGCAGGCUUGAACGCAGAGCCAGUGGGGGCUAGUGACAGGGAUACACCAGCCUGGGGCAGAGUCCACCCAGUGCUCAAGCCGUUGGUCACUAAGGAGACAGGCCACCCAGGGGCAAUAGAUAGUGGAUCCAGGCUGCUUUCAAGCUGGGCUGGGGCAGGUACCUGAUCUAGCCCAAAAGAAGAAGCCAGAUGCCCCACUCUGCCCUAGGCUGCCCACACUGCGGGAGAAGGUCCUUGUGGCCUCUGCAGUUCCUCACCAGCAGACCUCUUCCCUAAUCGGGAAGAACUUGGUUAGCAUCUCAGCCCUGUGUGGAUUGUGCCUGGGUUGGAGAGUUUCUUCUAUUUUGGAAGGUCUGCCUGACACGGCUUGGCACUCACCACCACCAACAGUCCUCUCUUGCUCCCAGGUAUGGGGCGGAGCUUUCUGACAAGGAUGCGUCUGCCCUGCUGGAAUCUGGACAGGCCUGUGAUGAAGCCCACCUGGGAUGAUUGUUUACUCUCUGGUUGUCACUGGAGACCAGCCGCUGGGCCCCUACUUGAGCUGUCGUUUGCAUACCGGAAGUUUGUCCUCACCUUGAAACCCUCUUUUCGACAGCCUCUUGGAGUCCAGAGAGGACACAGCUCUGCCUGGGGUACUUGGGGGUGCAGCUUCUCCAUUCUUUUGGAUGGAAGAAGAUUCUCAGGAAACUGAUACAGCCCCUCUUCAAGUGGUAGGAAAAUGCUUUGCAGAGGCAAGCAUUUCUGGGUUAUCAGCUGUGUGGUGAGCAUGCCUGGGCUUUCCCAGAGGGCUGGUUGCUGGGGUGGCUGUGUGUUUUGGAACCAUAGGAGACAAUGAACUGUGUAGAGUUUGCUGUCCUGGAGACCAUGGGGCUUGACCCCAGAUAGGCCCCCUGUGGGUCUGUACGGAAGCACACCCCCACUGUUUAAAAUGGGGUCCUCAGACCAACAGCAUCACUAGGGGCUUGUUAGACCUUGGGCCCCAGUUUGAGAAGUAUCUCUAUAGUGCUGGUCUGUUGGAGGUGAGGCCCCUUUCUGUUUUGGGGGGCUGUGUGGGCUGGGCCUGGAGGUCCCAGAGGGUCACAUUAGGCUGGAAGGGACUUGAGGUUCCUGUAGAUGCCGUUUUCCCAACCUGGGCCCUGUGGACGUGGGUGCUGGAUCACUGUCUACCAUGGGCGUAUUCUGUGCACUGUGGAUGUUUGGCCAGCAUCCCAACCCCCACCCACUAGGUGCCAGCAGCACCCUCAUGCUGUGACAACCAAAAAUGUCUGUGGACGUGGCAAACUGUCCCCUGGGGGCUCUGUGAAAUGACAGCCCCAGAUUCCUGGUCCCUCCAUGUCAUAAUCUCAGGGAAGGCCCUGACAGUAUCGUUUUAAACACUCCCAGGAUAUUGCUGAUUGACUUGUAAACAAACUAAAAACCAUUCAAUUGCAUACUUCAAAAGGGUGGACUUUGUAGUGUGUUCAUUAUGUCAAAGCUGUUACUAAAGGUAAAAUAGCUCCCAAGCGCUUCCAACCCAGCACAAAUUUAGGAAGCAUAAGAGUCUCCUGGGUACCUAAGGCAGCUGUUCUGGAGGAGGGCCCAGCAAUCUGAUUUUUAGUAAGAGCCCCAGGCAAAUUGGGACCCAAGGAAGGAGGAAGCAGAGGGUAGGGCUAGGGCUGGACCUGGGUACUCGGGUGCUUUCCAGCAGUGCAGAGACCUGCCAGGUGUGCCUGGGGCCCCCUGUCAGCAUCUCAAGACAAGGGAGUGGCCACAGAAGUGAGCCAGACAAACUCAAGGGGAAGCCAAAGCGGGGCCUACAUAGCUGCCACAUGCCCUCAAAAUUGGAGUGUGACGCGGAGAACCUGGAACCCUCCUUAACUUCCCAAAGCCUGGAAGCUCGGGAGCAAAACUGAAGGCAUCCAUCACCAUCCACUACAUAUUCCUGUAUAAACUGGCUAAAAACCACAGGUUCUGGUGUACAAAUGGAAAAUGUACUUACAGCCAGGUUUAGCUGAAUCUCAGAUGUCUCUCAGGCACCUCUUGGGAAAACCAGCCUUGUUACCUCAAAGUAUAGCCACUUCUGGGCUUGGAUAUCUCCUACACAAUUGCCAGACUUGAGCUCCAAAUGACUAUUUCCAAAAUUCCACUCUAAAAAACAUCAUUUAUACCCAUGAAGUUGCUUAAAAGAGUGUCAUUUGAUCUCUGUCUGAUUUCUUGGGAAGGGAUGUGACAGUUUGUGGGAAUGAGAUCUGGCCUCUAGGGGUGACAAGAGGUAGCUGUGCCCUCUGGACUGCCCUUAAAAGAUGAGGCGGGGUUAUCUUAGGGGGUUGCACACUCACAGUCCCCUGAUGCAGGCAGUUUGGCUGUCGUGGUGGUUUGGUGGUUUUUGUUUUGUUUUUGUCUGCCAACAUUUUUAAAUUAGAGUUUACAUGAAAAGCCUCACUUCUGGUUUAUCUUGGGAAUUUGUAAUAUUGCCCAAGUUCCCAGACAGACCAUAGCUGGCUGAAGCCAACCGUCACAGUAGGGACACAGCUUGCCCUUGGCCGGCCGGCCCAGUCCACUGGCCACCAGCAUGUGUACGUGUGUCUGACUCUCAUCUUGGAAUCGGCUGGAAUCUGAAGAGGAUCUUGCUUUCCCCAGAGGGGAGUGUCUGAAGUAGGUGCCCUGCUCCGUGGGGUAGAGCAGCACCUGGCAGACGAAUGAUGACUCUGAAAUGGUUUUUGUGGGCGAGCAGGGCACCCUCUACACAGCUUUAAAGAGAGAAGGGCUCGUGCUCGCUCCCCUGCAGUAUUCCCUGGAUGACUGGGGUGCUCCCAGGGCUGCUGAAGGUCUUCCUGGGGUUCUCUGAGAACACAUGCGCCGCUGAAGAAAGCCACCCUGUUCCCGAGGCUGGCUCCCAAACCCAGAGGGCGGGGCCGCUGUGGCCCUGGAGGGCUUUUCAUAGCAGGACUCAUCUGAGGACAGACCGGCUUUGACUCAGGUUGCUACCCUGUGUUGGUGUCAGGGAGGCCAGCUGGGUUGGCCAAAAUGAGAUAUUUUGAGGCAAAGCUAUUUCCAAUUCCUGCAUUUGGAAAGGUCAGGUUGCCUAGCCACAGCUUAUGAUUGGGCAAUAUAUGUAUUUCAAAUAAGUCUUAAAGGAACACCCCUCUUUUAGGGGUGGGGAUGCUGGGUCCUCCAGGGGAGGGCCCACCUGCAGUGUGACCAAGGCUUGUCAAUGACACAGCACAAGGUGCUGGGAGCGUGUUGGCAGAGUUUGGCUCUGCUUCCUGGGGCCAUUUCUCAUCUAGGGAAUAACGGCUGCAGAUUCUGGUGGGGACGUUCUCUACAGAUCCUGGUGAAGCCAUGAGCAAGAGGAGGAAGGAGAGAGGAGAACCCCUUCUCUGGCUGUUGGUGUGGGAUUUUGGAGGGUCUCUGCAUAGAGUCCCUAAAUUCACACAAAGUCAGGGGUCAGGCUGAGAUGAUGAUGGCAGGGGAAACCAGCACUGAUUUCAGUGCUCCUGCACAAAAGGCCCUCCCUCCAGUGCCCCAGCCGCUGCCUUCUGGCAGCGUGCUUCUGGGUACUGGUAGCUCCUUUUUCCAACACAGCUCCACUUGUUUGGGACACACCCUUGCUGUUGCCGGCUGUUUAUACCAUAGGAUUAAUGGGUUCACGGUCACUGAAAGGGAGAACAUGUUCAGUGGCCUUUGACUUCCAUCGGUGGGUUGUGGGGCUGGAUUUGGGGGUGCAGGGUGGUUACCGCCCAGCAUCUCCAUUCUAGCAGAACCUUGAGGCAGGACGCAAUGCUUGGCAAGAGACGCCUCCUUCCCCUUCCUGCUGGCUCAUUCAUGCAGCCCCACGUACCCGGCCAGUCCACAUGACUUCCCCCUCAUAUGACAGAUUUAUCUUGGCCUUAAAACUGAAAGUUCUAGGGACCUCUCUCACUCCUAGGCAGACUAAGACAGUUGGUCACCCUACUCCCUGUCCAGCCUGGCUCUGCCUCUGUCUCAGGUUCAGAACUGUGGUCCUCUUUGCAGAGGAGGAGGCUGGACCUACGUUCUCCCAACAUCACCACUCUUCGGAUUCCGUGCCUGGCACUGUCCACUCCCCAAGCACUUUCCCUGCUGGCAUGGGUGGGCCACACUCCUGAGGCAGCUGCCCUGGGAGCGGGCACAGCACCUCCCUUCCAGCUUUCAAGGCCUUCAGGUCCCAUGCCCUGGGGCUGGGAUUAGGAGGCAGAACCCUUGCCACCUGGGACCAGGCCAAAGGCCAGCUUCCCCCACCCCCAUGGGGGACAGGACUGUCUUCCAGUAUUGCUCCUGGCUGGCCACAAUUGGGACUAUGGUUUCCUACCUUCCAGAGCACUGAGGGGUCCGUCAGAAUGCAGAUGGUUACAGAGUGCUACCUGGGCCUCGCUCCACUCCCUCAGCUGCAGGUACCAAGUAGGCACUGAUUCUGAUGUAAACCUGAGAAAUGACUGGGAAGGCAGCUUUGAGGGGCUGAGAAUCAUGCCAGGUGCCUGUAGAUGCCUUCAUGUCAGGGUCUUAGGGAACAAGGCUGGCAUGGGGUGCUUCCCUAGGAACCCUCAGCUUCCUGAGUGCCGAAACCCGGCCAUGCUUCCCUUUUCUGCCUUGGGGAGGUGAUGGAAGUCCAGGCCCUCAUCCCUGUGCACAGUACCCAGGAAGUAUGGCCUCGUGGGUGGGAGCUGGAGAGCUGAGGCCUCACUGUGUGACCCUGGGUGAGUCACACCAAUACCCCUGCCCCCACAGGCCCCUCACCUGCCCACCACACAGGCCAGGGGGGCUCAGGGCGCUUUGCCACAGUGGGAAGUAUGACAGAGGAGGGGAGGCUGGUUGCAAUUCUCUGCUGAGGGUCAGCCUUGGUGGCUUUGGGCAGUGGCUCUGGGAAGCUGAUGCUGGAAUGGUGGCCCAGGGAGGGGUCAGCAGGUUCACCCACCCAUGUGGGGCAGGCAAAGCCACCCCUCGCAGAAGAUACUGGGCCAUUUACCCUUAUCCACAGUCAGAAGAGUGAAAGAUGGAAAAUUUUAUUCUGGGGAGAAGUUGCCAAAAAUACUCAUCUGUGCUAUGGGCAUGGGGUCGGAGGCCGGGGCUGCAGUGCCAGUGCCCACAGCGGGCAGCGUAGACCCGGGUCAGGGAGAGCUUGUUCCCAUUUGGACACAGUCCUUGGAGAGUUCUAGAAAAGAAAAGUCAGGGCCAGCAGUGGUUGCAGUAAGGAAGGGCUGGGGGACCGUUAGAAAGGGGACAGGUGCACAGUGUGCCCGGACUCCAGGGGCCAUCAGACCUAGGGAACCCUGCAUGCCAGCUCCCAGGCACAGCCCCAAGCCCCCGGCCCUCCCCAGGGCAGACCCUCGGACCACUCACUCCAACUCACUCCACCAUCCCAGGAGCCUCUAGUGGAUGUUGGCAGUGGUGGGGGGUGGGUCAUGCCCUAAUACUGCACAGAGGGAACAUUUUUUUAGUUUUUGUGAAAUGUGAUAGAAGUGUCAGAACUACACUAACGACAGAGAGCACAACUAGACAAGCUAGGGAGUGGAGAGGGA